AUACACAUGAAGAACGAUGCCACAAAUAGAACCACUAACACCGGAAUUGCAAAAAAUUGCCAUGGAAGAAUUGGGCGAGGUGCCCGAUAGAAUACCACAAGAUUUGAUGGCACUAAAAACGUGGAUAGAACAACAGCCCCAUUUGAGAGCACGCACAGAUGAUCAGUUUCUGAUACAAUUUUUGAGAGGUUGUAAAUAUAGUUUGGAAAAGGCUAAAGUCAAGAUUGAUUUAUAUUUCUCCAUGAAGACCAAAUAUCCACAAAUGCUGGCAGUUACGGAUGUGGAUGAUGCUAGAUUUAAGGAAAUUCAUAAUACAGGGUGCUUUACCCUAUUACCAACGCCCUUGAACGAAAAUGGUCCCCGAAUCCUGUUCUAUCAAUAUAAUUAUGAUCCUGAUAAAAUGAGCAUAGAAGAUAUCUAUCUUCCCACCAGUGCCAUGUUGGAAUUGACCCUGCUCAAUGAUCCCUAUGCUGGCAUACAUGGAUUUGUGUAUAUUUUUGAUUUUGAAAAACUAACAGCAAGACAUUUAUUACAACUAACACCGAGUAUCUGCAAAAGAGUGGUAACAUAUUUGGAGAAGUCUCUACCACUUCGGGUGCGCGGAGUUUAUUUUAUUAAUAUUCCCGCGGCAGCUCAACCAAUAUUGAAAUUUACCAUUUCAUUGUGUUCGGAGAAAAUACAAAAGAAGAUGCAUGUCCUGGGCCAUGGCAUAAAGGACUUGAUCAAACACAUACCCCUAAAAUAUUUGCCCAAAGAUUAUGGCGGCGAAAAUGGUCUGUGCAGUGAGUUAACACAGGAAUAUAUCAAAGUUUUGGAACAGUAUCGUGAUCACUUCAAAGAAAAUACAAAAUAUGGUACUGACGAGCAUUUGCGAGUUGGUGAAAAGUUCGAUUUGGAUGGCCUGUAUGGAGUGGGUGGAUCUUUUCGUCAGUUGGUAGUGGAUUAACAUGGAAUAAAGAUGGAGAAGGAAUAUACACUAAUUUCGAUAAAUGAUGGAGAUUUUAUUGUCAUAACCCUUUGUUGAGGAGUGUGUUGAGUU